AAAGGUGGAGACGAAAGAUUGGCUCAAUUAUAGAAAGACAGAAAUAUCCUUUAUCUUUUUGGUUAAUCAAACCCUUAUAAUACAGUCAAUGAAUGUUGCAAUCAAACGAGAGAUGCGAGAAGAGGUCGACGAUGGCGGAAGAAGACGCCCUAUUCCUAGAUUACAGCGCCGUCUUAUCUCCGAUCCCUCUGAAACUCGUCAAUAUACGUUGGGAUCGAGUACUAGAAAGAUGGUUGCUUGGAGAUCGUUCUUGCCGCUGAUCCUUGUCGGUGCUCUUAUAGUUUUUGAAAAUUGGGUUUCUAUACCUUCAUGUGAGGUUGUCCCAAACAACCAACCCGUUGACGUUUCUGUUGAAGAUUCAGAGGAGUUGAAGGUGAUGAUGGUAGCGAACCUGCUUUUGCUGGGAUCUGAAGCAGGCUACAUGAAUCUGUAUUUCAGAGAUUCCUACAUGGCCAAGUUCUUUAGGAAAUCUUAUGAACGUCUAAAGCCUGAUAUGCUAGUAGUCUUGGGGGAUGUUUCUGCAAAAGGAUCAGAAUUGACGAGUCAUAAAUGGUUCUCUGUGCUUCAACAGUUUCAGAGGAUGGUUGGGCCCUUUCUUAGUCUCCCUCUUCAUAUUGUUGUUGGUGACAGGGAGCUAGGAGAAUGCUGUAAAGUAACUUCAAAACUCAUUGAUCGAAUAUCUAGCAGUUUGCCUGGGUUGGAUUCUUCAGGCUGCGGUUCUUUUGAAGUUAGCAACAUUAGUUUUUUCUCACUUAAUGCUGUAGCUCUUCUUUGUGGCAACAAUGGCCUACGUUUUGGCGUUGAAAAAGCCAUAGAGCGAGAAAGUAUAGAUCUGAAAACACAUAUCGUGGGUACAAAUGAAGCCACAAAUGAUUCCAAUAGGUUCCAUGUCCAUGAGAAUUUUGGCAGUUUUCGUUGGAGAGAGAAUGCAGUGUCAUCUGGUUCUGGACCUGUCCUCUUACUUCACUUACCUCUGCACCAGACACCAAACAGUAACUGUGCAGAGACCGGUGCUCCCAAGAAAACCUUUUCUCCUCUUGAUCGUUGGAGUUUAAGAGCAUUCUACAAUCAGGAGCAAGCUGGGAUGGGACCUUACGAGUUGUUACAAGCUCUCCCUCAAAAUGCAACUGAAUACAUUUUCCAUGCUCUUAAACCCAGGAUAAUCUUCAGUGCUCAUACCCACAGAUUCUGUGACCACACACACAAAGAUGGAACCCGGGAGGUGACUGUCCCAGCCAUGACCUGGAAUGCAAGGGACGACCCUGGUUUCAUUGUUGCCACUUUUGGGAGGAACAAAGCAGUGACUAUUAGCCAGUGCUCCCUUGCUAGAGAAUCUCAUGUAAUAAUGGCCUAUGUCUCUGUUCUGGUCUUGUUAUUAUCUACAACACUAAUAACAAGCAGUUCACAUUUGUUGAAUUUGGGGAGAUAACUGUAUUUUAUUUUGUUUUUGUUCAUCUUUUUUUAUUCAAGUUUCUGCUCCAAUUGUUGUAGUUUUGUAUUGUAGCCCAUGGGAGGGAUGAAAUUUCAUCCUUGCAUGUAUUAUUAAUUGAUGACUAGUGUAAUACAAGAACUGGUUAAUCACAUCAACCUCGGUUGAUUGAAACAAGGCAUGAUAAAGAUUAAAUUCUGUGAA